CUCGAACAAGACCUUUGACUCCGCGUACGGAACCGGGCAAAUUGCCAAAUUCAAUGGGCGGCAGUUGUCAGAUAGUCCUUUGGGUACUUUUGCAGUCUGCUUGCGACCGUCUUUUCAUGCACUUUGUUUCCUCUUGAAACAGCACAACAAUAAGCAACAAGAGCUGGGUUAGGCCUUGUAUUGCUGCGCCCCGCAGCCACCUCUCGCUUUGGGCUUGAUGCAUUUACUAGACUAGUUUAUUACUCUAUUGUGUCUAAUAAACAAGCUUUUAAACGAGCAAGAGCUGCCGUUAUGCGUCGAGAACUCUUGCUGGGUACAUUGAGAUGCCCGCAACCUGUGAUUAGUGUAUUGAAGCCAGCACAGCAGCGAGUUGCGACCGCUUGGUAGGACUACGGAGACAGCGGCUUUCAGCUUGGACUCCGAAGCGCAGGGCGGAGUCGUUAGCAUAAUGGACGCGAACAAUGGACCACCACUGGAUAGCAGGCUCGUCGCAGCCCCGACCGUCGCACCGCCACCGGGUAUUCGCCCUAUUGCUCCAAACAUGUUUGCGCCGGCGGUAGGAGCCUCACUUGGGUUGCCGGGACUGCAAGGCCUCAGGCCAACCCCGUUCAACGGAGUAGCAGCUGGGGGGCUUCCCCUGUUCCAGGCGCAGCCCCCUCCUGCUCCACCUCCAAGUCGGCUUGCUUUACCCUCCCUACCGGUUGUGCCAACAUUCCCUGGCUGCAGCAUGAACACCCGCAAAGCGGGCAUGGACCGGACUAAGAGCGCAGGACAGGGGGCUGCCAGCCGCAAGCAGUGCAACUGCAAGAACUCGCGUUGCCUCAAGCUGUACUGCGAGUGCUUCGCCUCGGGGCGCUACUGCGAGAACUGCAACUGCCUGCAGUGCUUCAACAACCGGGAGAACGAGGCGACCAGGCAGAGCGCGGUGGAGGCGAUCCUGGAGCGCAACCCCAACGCAUUCCGGCCCAAGAUCCAGUCCCACGAGCAGAGCGCGGCUGCCACCGCCGCGGUGGUCAGCAGCGCCGCCCCGCCGCCGCGUCACCUGAAGGGCUGCAACUGCAAGAAGUCGUUCUGCCUUAAAAAGUACUGCGAGUGCUUUCAGGCCGGCAUCUACUGUUCGGACAACUGCAAGUGCGUGGACUGCAAGAACUAUGAGGACACGGCACCCUCCGGGUCCUCCGGCGCCGCCGCAGCGGGCUCCUCCAAGCGAGUCCGCUACAGCAGCGCGCCUCCGGGCCCCGCAGGCCUGGGUGCUGCGUUGGGGCUGCCGCCACCCGGCAUGAACCUGCCGGCCGGGAUGCUGCCCAACAUCCGUCCAGGCCUCCUACCCGCGGGUCUGAGCGGCCUGUUGCAGCAGCCGCAGCAGCACCCCAGCCCCGGCAUGGGGGUGGGCAUGACGCUGGC